CUAGUUUGAGGACUUCAUGACGAUUUACAUAUUCGAUUUAUAAUGGAUGGAGAUCUGCUGUCUUUGUCAUCUUCCUCCUCGUUAUCAUCUUCAGCAGCAGAAGGAGAACCAACAGGAGGACAGAAAGAUGCUUCACCUAAGAGUGACAGCAGCCUUCCUCAGAGCCAACAGGAACCCAAAUCAGCUGAAGAAGAGUUAUGGGUGCAGGAGGAGAGUCCCGUGGCUGACAGGCUACUGUCCACAGAGGAGCAGGUGACUCUGAUCACAGAGAGUCUGACAGUCACCUCGACUGACCAGGAAAAGCUGCUGCUGCUCAACAAGAACACUGAGCUCCGCAGAGUCAACAAGGAGCUGAUGAAGCUGAACGAGGACUGGGACCAGGUGUACCGCAGUGCCACGCUGCGUCUACAGCACAGGCUGGAGGCUUUGGAGCUGGAGAACAGCGCAAUCAAACAGCUUAACAACAGACUGCUCCUCAAAGUUGAACAUCAGCAGAGUGCAAAGGAGUACUAUGAGCAAGCAUUGAUGCAGGAGCUGAAGAAGAACCAAGAGCUGCAAGAAUAUAUCAGGCUGCUGGAGAGCAGGUUGCACCACCCAGGGAGAGACUUCACACCUGCCAAACCGGGAAGCUUUACUACUGUGAUGCGAGGUCCAGCUCUGGGCCCCGGAAGUCAUCCUGACCUGUCUUGCGGCUCUGCACAAAACCCUUCACCCUCCUUUUUCCCAGCUUCUACCAGCCCAGAGGCUGAGUAUCACCGAAAAGGCCAGGCCAGCAGUUCCCCACUGGGAGCGCUGGAAAACUCCAAGCAAGAAGUGCAGGAUUUAAAAGAGCAGCUGGAGGCACUAAGAUGUCAGACUGAGAUAUAUGAGGCAGAAUAUCAGACAGAGCACAACGACCACAAGCACACGCUGCAGGAGAACCGAAGGCUGAGGAAGAAGAGAGAGGAGAUGCGCCAACAGGUGGCACUACUGCAAGAACAGCUUAAGAUAUAUGAGGAUGACUUCAGACGGGAGCGGUCGGACAAACAGAUGCUGCAGAGGCUGCUGUUACAGAAGACGUCUGAACACAAAAACCCUGUGCUCAUCCACCGCUGUAAUAACGAACAGCAGCUGCUAGGGGGCGACAAGAGACCACAAAAUGGAGAGAAAAGGAAACAGCACCACCCACUCUGCCCAAAGCACCCUAACAGGGACAAAGACUCAGUGUGAGACUUAGAGGGAAAGUGAGCCAUGUUUACAGAAAAUGAUUGCCUGGUAACAUCAGACUCACUAAAUGUGUCAGCAGCUCUCAAAGGAUCUUGAGUACUAAGUCUCGUCUGGAAAAGCAUCAUUAGACAAAGUAAAACUCGUCAUGUCAUUUUUUUAAGCACUUCAGCAGAAACAUUUGCCAGUGUGUACAUAACUCUCACUGCUGCAAGUUUGAAGUUUCCUUAUAGUGUAAAAAGAACAACCUUAUGAAAUAUUCCCUUCACAGUCGAAGAGAAACUGAAACAAAAAGAACAGAAAGAGAAGUAGGAGACCAGAACUGAGCGAGAAGAUGAGUGAACCAAAAACUGUAGUUUGAGCUAAACAAACACCUCACAGAUCCUCAGCUGACAGCUUCACUGUUUGUGCACCAAUAUGCUGGUUUGUGAAGGGAAGUAGUUACACACUGCUGUAUGUAUGACAUCAUCACUUAGAACAAACAUAACCAGACAAGUUUUAGAAGAAAGUUCUUUCUUUUAUUUUUAAGGAAUAUUUUGAAGCUAUAAUGACGUCGUUACUUAACAUGACAGUUUUCAGCUGUGCUAACUCGAUCACUUACCCACAUAACUUAACUUAUAACUUAAUAAUUUAGCAAUGCGGGACUGAUAUUGGUUGAAGAUGUGCCUGUGUAGAUAGUUUAGUCAAAAUCAGGCAUGAUUUAUGAGUGUAAUUCAUCACACUUGCAUCGUUUCAGGUUUCCGAUAUAGAGUAAAUAUGCUUUUAUUAGGAUUAACAUAUUUAA